GCGGCAGGCGGAGGCGGGCGCCGAGGAGGUGGGGGGAGAUGCGGCGGCAGCAGCUCGGCGGCACCCGCUGCCUGCCCGCGCCUUUUCCCGCGCUGGGCUGAGGCGGCUCGGCUCCGGCCCCCCCCGACUCCGGGCGGCGGCGGCGGCACCUGCUGCCGGCAGGCGCCGGGCCGCAUGAACAAUAGGCGGCGGUACCGGCCCCGCCGCCCCCCGCAGCGCCCGGCUGCCGCGGGCGCCUCCCCCUAUGGAGCAGCCUCGCCAUGGAGCCCCUCACAGAGCUCAGCCAGGAGGGCGCGGGCGGCGGGGAGCCGCCGGGCGGCGGGCCGCUCUGGACCGCCGUCUUCGAGUACGAGGCGUGCGGCGAGGACGAGCUGAGCCUGCGGCCGGGCGACGUGGUGCAGGUGCUGUCCCGGGACUCGCACGUGUCCGGCGACGAGGGCUGGUGGACGGGCAAGAUCGACCAGCGCGUCGGCAUCUUCCCCAGCAACUACGUGAGCAGCGGCGUGCAGGGGGGGGGCCCGGAGCUGCGGGCCCGCUACCCGCCGCCCCCCGCCAUACAGCUUCUGGAGAUCGACUUUUCAGAGCUUGUUCUGGAGGAAAUCAUUGGCAUAGGGGGCUUCGGAAAAGUAUAUCGAGCUGUGUGGAUAGGAGAUGAGGUUGCUGUCAAGGCAGCUCGCUAUGACCCUGAUGAGGACAUCAGCCAGACCAUUGAGAAUGUCCGUCAAGAGGCCAAGCUCUUUGCAAUGUUAAAGCAUCCCAACAUCAUUGCCCUCAGGGGUGUGUGUUUGAAGGAACCUAAUCUUUGCUUGAUCAUGGAGUUUGCCCGUGGAGGAUCGCUAAAUAGAGUUUUGUCUGGUAAAAGGAUACCUCCUGACAUAUUAGUGAACUGGGCAGUACAGAUCGCAAGGGGAAUGAACUACCUGCACGAGGAAGCGAUUGUUCCCAUAAUUCACCGUGACCUGAAGUCCAGCAACAUACUGAUUCUCGAAAAGGUGGAAAAUGGAGAUCUGAGCAACAAGAUAUUGAAGAUCACGGAUUUCGGCUUGGCCAGGGAAUGGCAUAAAACUACCAAAAUGAGCGCAGCUGGGACUUAUGCCUGGAUGGCUCCUGAGGUCAUCCGCUCCUCCAUGUUCUCCAAAGGCAGCGAUGUGUGGAGUUAUGGCGUACUGCUUUGGGAACUGUUAACAGGAGAAGUACCAUUCCGAGGAAUUGAUGGUCUUGCAGUAGCAUACGGUGUUGCCAUGAAUAAACUUGCCCUUCCAAUCCCUUCCACGUGUCCAGAGCCUUUUGCCAAACUCAUGGAAGAUUGUUGGAACCCUGACCCACACUCACGACCUUCCUUUGCCAGUAUCCUAGACCAUCUCACCGCCAUAGAAGAGUCUGGUUUCUUUGAAAUGCCCAAAGAUUCCUUCCACUCCCUGCAGGAAGACUGGAAACAAGAGAUCCAGGAGAUGUUUGAUCAGCUCAGAGCCAAAGAAAAGGAGCUGCGCACGUGGGAAGAAGAGCUGACUCGUGCUGCUGUUGAACAGAAGAACCACGAGGAGUUGCUACGAAGGCGGGAACAGGAGCUGGCAGAACGUGAGAUUGACAUCCUGGAAAGGGAGCUCAAUAUCAUCAUCCACCAGCUGUGUCAGGAGAAGCCUCGGGUGAAGAAACGCAUGGGGAAGUUCAAGAGGAGCCGGCUCAAGUUAAAAGAUGGCAAUCAUAUCAGCCUGCCUUCAGAUUUCCAGCAUAAAUUCACUGUGCAGGCUUCUCCAACAAUGGAUAAAAGGAAAAGCUUGAUCAGUAGCUGCUCCAGCCCUCCUGCAAGUCCUACCAUUAUUCCCAGACUCAGGGCCAUACAGUUGACUCCUGCUGAAAGCAGUAAAACAUGGGGACGAAGCUCAGUCCUUCCAAAGGAGGAAGGAGAGGAAGAAGAGAAGAGAGGCCAGAAGAAAAAGGGACGCACUUGGGGACCGAGCUCACUUUGUCACAAGGAACUAGGUGCAGGAGAAGAUAGUCUGAAAGCUCUCGUUGAAGGAUACAAACAGUGGUCAUCCAGUGCACCGAACCUUGGGAAGAUCCAGAGAACUGCGCCUGCUUUUCCAGGAUUCACCAGCUUAGCAGAGAUCGAUGAUGAAGACAGCGAAUGUCUUAAUGGGGAGGGCAAAGUGCACCCUUCACCUGGGCACAAUCAGUCAUACCUCUGCAUCCCAUUUCAGAAGAAUGAAGACUGGGAUGGCCCUUCUAGUGAUGCCAAUGAGGAGUCCACCCCUGUGAACUCUGCUACUAGUACCCCACAGCUGACACCCACCAACAGCCUCAAACGUAGUGGCUCCCACCACAAGCGAUGUGAGGUUGCAUUGCUUGGCUGUGGAGCAGUGCUGGCUGCUGCAGGCCUGGGUUUUGAUCUGUUAGAAGCAGGGAAGUGUCAGCUGCUGAUUGAGGAGGAGCCAGAGGCACCCAAGGAAGAGAAGAAGAAGCGUGACAGCAUUUUCCAGCGAGCUGGACGCCCGCGCAGGAGCACUAGUCCACCUUCCCGCAAGAUCUUCAAGAAAGAGGACCCUAUGUUGUUGCUAGGCGAGCCAUCCACAUCCCUCACCCUUCUUUCCCUGUCUUCCAUUUCCGAAUGUAAUUCCACCCGGUCCCUGCUGCGCUCAGACAGUGAUGAGAUUGUGGUGUAUGAAAUGCCUGUCAGCCCAGUGACAGUCAAGGCUCCCUUGCCAGCCAUUACCAACCCACUAGUCAAUGUCCAGAUUGAGAGAUUCAAACAAGACCCCAACCAGUCCCUGACUCCCACACAUGUGACGGUCUCUUCCCACACCCAGCAAAGCGGGCACAGGCGCACACCUUCUGAUGGGGCCAUCAAAGGGAGUGGACUAGUUGUCAAUGGGUGCCCAACCAGUGGAUGCUCUUCCAGUAGCUGUUUAACUGGAGCACUGGGAGCAGGUGUAUUAAAAACACCUAGUCCAAGUAGAGAUCCCAAUGAGGUCCCUCGCCUGCCAGACCCCAACCUUGUUUUUCCUCCAACACCAAGACGAUGGAAUGCACAGCAGGACCCCACACUGGAAAGACCCAAGACAUUGGAGUUCCUGCCCCGGCCACGUCCUGCAGCCAGUCGGCAGCGGCUUGAUCCCUGGUGGUUUGUGUCACCCAGCAAUGCCAAGGGUGAAUCUUCUGCCAACAGUUCAAGUACUGAUACACCAAGCAAUCUGGACUCCUGUUUUGCUAGUAGCAGCAGCACUGUAGAAGAGAGACCUGGACUGCCUGCAUUGCUUCCUUUCCAGGUGGGUGUUCCUGUAGAGGAGCGGACACUGUUGGACAUAGAUGCUGAGGGGCAGAGCCAGGACAGCACCAUUCCGCUAUGCAGAAGUGAACUUAACACACACAAAGCUGCAGCAUAUGAACUCAAGCAAGAAUUCUGGUCUUAGUAUGAAAUCCACUGGGGAUAGCAAGCCCCUCUAAAUUCAAUCCUACUUUUUGCACUGAGAAUGCACUUUGAAGACAGAUGAGACGGAGGGAUGCUACAGAGAUCAUAUGGUGCUGCCUCUGCUGAAAAUGUGGUGUUCGACUGUCUGAUUUUUGUCUGCAGUUGGAUGAAACUUGGCAACUCUGAGCUGCUGACUUUUGCUGUGGGGUUUUCCUGUAGUCUUCCCUGCCCUCUUGUUGCAAUUUGAAUCUGCAAUGAGCUAAAAUUACCAUAUCAAAGUCUUUGUUACUGACCUUGUAGGAUUUGGCACUUGCAGUAAGUAUAUUGGUAUCUAUCCUGGUAUUAAUCAGUAUUUUCAAAACUCAAAUAUUACACUACAGCGGACACCAGUGUUUGAUGUUUUCCCAAGGAAUCCAGGACAGAAACAAGUAAAUAUCUGGAGACUACGUUCUCUGAAAUGUAUUCAGAUCAUUAGACAGGCCUGGGAAUCAUGGUACCCCCACUGGAGGAGCAGAAGUAUCUGUCUUACACUCGCUUGUCCUCUUUUGCUCACGUGAUAGUGCAAGGUGGAACAGAUUGCAGAGGAAGGGCAUGGCAUCUCCACUGAUGGAGGUCUUUGAGAACAGGCCAACUAGACUGUUGGGAACGAGUAGGUGGUGUUGAUCCUGGCUUCAAGGCAGGUUGGAUGGACUUCAAUGAUCUCUUGAGGUCCCUCUCAGCCCUAUUUUUCUAUGACCCUGCGCUUUCAAAAAGAUGAGGGCUUUAUGGUAUGGCUGUUUAUUCUAGCUUGCUUUUUUGUUUCAAACUUUGUUUCCAUCAGCCUCCUUUUCCCACCCCGUGCAUCCCAGGCUCGUAGCCAAGCUGCCUCAGCUUUGGGAAGGGAAUUAGCAGGAACUCUUUCUUUGAAGCUGUGUUAGCUUCCAGCAGUAAGUUAUGUGUCCCCUCACUUUUUUUUUCUUCCUGUUUUUCCUCCUUUCUUAUGCUUUUUAGGAGUGGCCCUUGGAACCCAAGACUGUUCUUAUGCACACUGAUAAUUGUUUAAGGCUCUUUUGAAAUUGAGGCUUGUGUUGUUAGUAGUUGGAUUGUGCAAACAGGAAUCGCAACAUCUGGAUUCUGUUUUAUUUUGUCACUUACUCACUGUGUGACCUUGGGCAAAUAAUGUAACCUCUGUGCCUGAAUUUCCCCAUCUGUAAAUAAUAGGGAUAAUACCUACCUCACAGGGGGAGGGGUUGGGACAUAUGUAAUAGGUAUAAAGUCCUUUGAGAUCUUUGAGUGAAAGGCACUAUAGACAUUUAAAACUUUUAUUCUUGUUCAAAUAUGUAAAAUCUCCUAACUCUGGAGCAAGAACAGACCCCUGUCUUGAAGGAGGAAGUCACACAAAUCAGGUGUGCCUGUGCUCACAGUUUUCUGUACAGAGACUGCAAGUGUAUCUGUGCCUCUGCAGGUAUAUCUUAUUGGCUUUAAUGAGAGCUUCACUCUUCACCAGUUUUGGCAUGAUAAAUAAGGUGUGUGGCCUUUAUGUGAGUGUAAUAGGGUAGACUGCUUUAU